CACAUUUUCGGUCCCUGGUUUAAGGUCUAAAAAGUCAGUCUAGUUUCGGAAUUCAAAAAGGUUUUUCGGCCCGACUCCUGGAAGUUGAAUUGUGGACUGUUGGAAACGAAGGUGACCCCCUGUUGAAAUGGCUGGACUUACGGCUUUGGGCAUGGCGGUGGUGAUCCACUCGGUGCUGGGCAUCUCGUACUACUACUACUUCCGCAAAUCACCCGAAUGCAGUGCGCCCCUCUUGGGCGCCUGGCUAUUUUCGGCCUGCGUGCUGGCCCUGCUGCAGGCGGUGAGGAUCCUUCCCAGUGCCCAGGCUCAAAACCAGUCCCAUUUGAGGGGCAGACGCGAACAUCGGUCAACGACCUCCUGGGCCGCGCUCUGCCUGGAAACGGGCGUGUGCUGCCUGGUGCUCGAUGUGACCCUGACCAAGCUGUGGCAUCGCAUAGAGUCUCUGUGCCAGUGCGCCAUUGUGGGCGUCCUCCAGGCUCUGGCCGUCGAGGAGGAGCAGACCUUCGUGGCCUGCGAGUACUGGACACUGGGCCUCACCACCGGCCUCAUUGGCGCCGGUCUCCUGUGGCUGACACUCUGGGCCACCGCAUUGCCACAGAAGCUUAAGUGCGGCCUGCUCGACUGGCGACGCUCUCUCAAUCGGCACUGUUCCUCGCUGGUCUUUGGUCCACUCCAGCCAGGCUCUACUGUACCCGCGCAAAGACACGAAAGCAUCCAGAGCUUCGCCACCUGAAUCGGAAGUGACCAUUCAUCCAACUCCCAGCAAGCAAAUAUCACUUUGAACUCGAGUCAAUAGCUAAAUUAAUGGG